AUCGGUUUGCUACACUGUGAAGAUACGUGCGUUAAGCGAACUGCUUCGAUACCCUUCAAGAUUUCAACAACAAAAUCAUCCAAGAUUCUCAACUACUGAUUUGUUGUUCACCCAAAACGUGUUUCUGGGAGGUGGUUAGGUGGAAAUAAGGUGGUAGCAUUGAAUUUAGCAAUGGAUAGUUUAAAAGAGGACCAAUCAGAUACUCAAGCUAUUGAGAAUAUAAAUGAGGAUGCACAGAACAUAAGUGAGAAAGAAGGUACAGAGAAAGAUAUGGCUCCGCCUGUCGGUAAUUCGAUACAUAGAUCGGGUUCACGACCGCAGCUUGAUCUUAGCGGUGCAGCAAUUCAAGGGAAUUUUGAAGAAAGAGACCCCACUAUUCUGUUGCCUAAUCAGUCUGAUGAUAUUUCUCAUUUGGCACUUGACAUUGGAGGAUCUCUUAUCAAGUUGGUUUAUUUUUCGAGACACGAGGAUCGAGCAGUCAAUGACAAGAGGAAAAUGUCAACAAAGGAGAGAUUUGGAGACGUCGUAAACGAGGAAAGUGGAGAUGGAAGGUCGAUAAGGAUGAUUCACGUAUGAGGUCGAUAAAGAUGAUUCACGUAUGUUUAUAUGCUUGGUCGAUAAGGAUGAUUCAGCAUACAACGCGGUGAAUAGUUGUAAAAGACUAUGUCUUUUAUAUUUUUCCGAUUAUGUUGCGUUUAUUGUUUUCACAAAAAUGAAACUUGUAAUUGUAUGUUUUUUUUUUUUUUUUUGGCAAACAUUAUGGAAAUUGUUAUUUGCUUAAUAUAAAAGAGUUGUACAGGUUUUGUUUAUGU